AUGUUAAAAGUAAAGUUCAAUUAGAGAUGAAUUAAUGCAUUUUAGAGUAUUACUGUAUUUUGGAGUGUAAAGUAAGUUUUAGGUUGGAGAUGAUCUUACAGCCAAACAUUCCCAAUCAAACAUACACAGAGAAAUAGGGAAAACUAGCUUAACAAUAGCUUGCUUUACUUAUGCUGAACAUAUAUUGACUUGAUUAAAUGAAUGCAUACAGCAUUCUGUGAUGAAAAAUGCAAAGUGAGGUGUUCAAAGGCAGGCGUUCAGGACAGGUGCCUCAAGUACUGCGGGGUCUGCUGUGAGGAGUGCAAGUGUGUGCCCUCCGGCACCUAUGGGAACAAGGAUGAAUGCCCUUGCUACAGAGACAAGUACACCGGCGAAGGGAAGCGCCGCCGCCCAAAGUGCCCUUAAUCUCUUCAUCUUCUUCUGAUUAUUAAGAGCUUGGUUAGUUUGGUUGAAAUAUGUAGCAGUAUCAUGAAUGCUUGUGUUCGUUUGGGUUGAUGAAGAAUUUACUUAUAAGGAGUCAGCAGUGUUGUUGAAUAGAGAGAUGAGAGAGGAAAUAAACGUUGUGGUUUAGUCUAAUGUGUGUGUUGAUGAAUGAAGGAUUUUUUUUUUUUUUUUUUUACGUGUGUUUUAUGGAAUACUAUAUAUAUUUUUUUUAUUUUUGA